AUGGGGGCCCCGCCUUGGAAGUGCAGUUUAGACGUGACACGUGUCCGUUCGCCAGCUGUAUCCCAAGCCCCUUUGCCCAACCGCUUAACUUGUACAGUCGGUGCCCAUAACGCUUCUCCUCACUUCACCGUUUCAACCGAUUCCUGUCCUCUUCUCUCUUAUAUAACCCCCCCUUCACUAACUCGUUUUCCUUUUAAACUUCAGGCCGAAACUAGAAGAAAGAAAGUAGAGAAGAAAGAAAAAAACCCCACCGAAAAUUUAGAUAAUAUAUAUAUCCGGAGAACCAAUUUUCCUUUGCAUGCUUUUGUAUUUGAUAUCAAGGCUGUAAGAAGCAAAUCAAAAAGAAAAGAAAUGGAUCGUAUCAAAGGUCCAUGGAGCCCCGAAGAGGAUGACUUGCUUCAAAAGCUGGUCCAAAAGCAUGGAGCCAGAAACUGGUCGUUGAUCAGCAAAUCAAUUCCGGGUCGAUCCGGUAAAUCCUGCAGGCUCCGCUGGUGCAAUCAGCUGUCACCACAAGUUGAGCACAGGGCGUUCACCCCCGAGGAAGACGAGACAAUCGUCAGGGCUCAUGCCCGAUUCGGCAACAAGUGGGCCACCAUAGCCCGACUCCUCAACGGUCGUACGGACAACGCUAUUAAGAAUCACUGGAACUCGACGCUCAAACGUAAGUGCUCGUCGGUCGGGGAAGAGAGUUUUUUCAAUGCUUUGAACGGAGGGUAUGAUGGUAAUCUGGGAGAAGAUGAGGAGGAGCGGCAACCGUUGAAGAGAUCGGUGAGUGCCGGGCUUUACAUGAGCACCGGGAGCCAAUCGGGAUCCGAUUUGAGCGAUUCGAGCGUACCCGUUUUGUCACCUUCACACGUGUACAAGCCCAUCCCGAGGACCGGUGGAGUCAACGUUGACGUCAACGUUAUGCCAUCUCCCGGAGCAGAAGCGGUGUCGUCUUCUAACGAUCCACAGACUUCACUGAGUCUGUCUUUACCCGGGGCUGAGUCGUGUGAGGUGUCGGUGUCAACCCUCCCAGUCACCGAGUCAACUCAGACGAGGAACGAAGCAAAAAAUGAAGGCAAGGGAGGAGGAGGGGUGAUGGGGUCCGGUGCGGAGUUUAUGGCGGUGAUGCAAGAAAUGAUAAGAGUGGAGGUGAGGAACUACAUGGUUCAGACGCAACAGCAAAACGACGGCGUUUCGGGAGAAGAGGGAAUGAGGACGUGUUUGGAUAUAGGGUUUAGGAAUGGUUUGCCCAUGAGCCGCGUUGGGGUUAAUAGGAUCGACUGAACUUGAGAUGUAAAAGAAAAAAACCGGGCUUUUGUUGUUCUCUCUUAAUAAUUUUGUUCAAUGUACAGAGAAUGCGAAAAAUAUGGGUUUAAAGAAAGAUUUCAGACUCGUUUAAAAAUUAAAACUUUACAUGCCAAAA